CAGACUUAAUGGUCUAACUGAGAGUAGAAGGACCCUGGAGGUCAUGGUCCCCAGACCUUCUGUUAGCCCAAGGCUGGUUCCAUUCCCAAAACCAACUCUUCAGAUAGAGAUUGGACUAGACUAUAAGAUAGAAAAUGAUACUGGUGAGGCAUGAGCUUCUUGGCUCAAGUAGGCACAUGAGACUAUGUGGGCAGCUCCUGUCUGGAGGGGAGAUGAGAAGGCAGAGGGGGACAGAAGCUGGCUGAAUGGACACGGGGAAUACAGAGUGAAGGAAUGUGCUGUCUCAUCAGGGGAAUUGCAACUAGGAGUACAUAGCAAGGUGAAUAUAAAUUUUUGUACGAGAGACUGACUUGGUUUGUAAACUUUCACUUAAAGCACAAUCAAAAAAAAAUUAAAAAAAAUAAAAAAGCAAUGUCUGGGGCCCAUACUCUCAGGUUUUUCUACUCUGUUAGGCCAGUAAGUCUGGCCUUUUUUGUGAGAUAGAAUUUCAUUCUAUGUUUUUCUCCAGCUCUGUCCAGGACCCUCUACUCUGAUCCCUGCCUGAGCAGUCAGUGGUGGUAGCUGGGCACCACGUCUUUGUGUUAGACUCAGUCUGGUGGAGGCUGUGGUAGCUGUGGUCCAUUAGUCCUUUGGACUAAUGUUUCCCUUGUAUGUUUGGUUUUCUUCAUUAUCCUUGUUCCAGUGGGCUGAAACCUGUGGAGUAUCUUAGAUGGCCACUCACAAGCAUUUAAGACCCCAGAUGUUACUUACCAAAGCAGAAACCAAAACCAAACCAAACCUACUGUCGUUGAGUCGAUUCCGACUCAUUGUGACCCUAUAUGACAGAGUAGAACUGCUCCAUAGUUUCCAAGGAGCGCCGGGUGGAUUCAAACUGCCAACCUUUUGGUUAACCACCACGCCAGCAUAUUUUCCCACCAAAGUAGAAGGUAGAACAUUUUCUUUAUAAACUGUGUUAUGCCAAUAGAGCUAGAUGUUCUCUGGUCCCCAAAGCCCUCAGCCCAGCAUUUAGUUCCCUCAGGGGGUUUGGAUGUGUCUAUGGCGCUUCCUUGACCUUGCCAAGGAUGGCUGUAAAUUGUUAUAGAAGUUGUAAAUUGUUCUUCCUCGGAAUGACUGGUGGGUUUGAACUGCCAAACUUUCAGUUAGCAGCUGAGCCCUUUAACCACUGUGCUACCAGGGUUCCUUCAUUUACCCUCAGGUAGAGUAUUUAUUAAUCGGUUUCUUCAGAUAUUUGACUUCAAUACACCUUGCUCCUGGCUGAUUGAUGACAUUUCUUGUUAAUGAGAAUGCUGCGUGGAUAACAAAGGUGUUCUUUCUCUUUGUGUUCUCAGGGCCACAAUCAGCCUGCUCUAACAACUGAAGGGUUUUUAAAAACCCUUUGUGGGUGGAUAGAAUCACUUUCAGCCUGUAAUCUGAGCUGAAAAUACAUUUUCUAUCUUGAAGAGUCAUUUCCUAUUUGGCAUCCUGGCAUAAAAUGCCCCCCUCCACCAAUCUUACAAUGCCAUGACACUUUCUGUGUUACGCUAGUAGUUUAUGGUCAUUGUUGUUUAUCCGUCUCACACUGAAAGCAUGUGUGCUACAUAAACAUAAGCAAAGCAAAGAUGAAAUUUGGGACAUACUGGACGAAUAGCAUUAAAACAUCAGAGGUGUUGCCUGUAGCUCAGAAAGAAGCACAUUUCAUUUCAAUACAGAUGUGAAACUAAAUAUUUUGCUUAUAAUGGAGUUAGAUUUGAAACUUCUCUACAGUAGGAGAUGAGGGUCACACAAGUGCUAAUUAUUGCAUUAACAUGUUGUAGCCAACCAAAUGACGGAACAUCCUUUGCUGUUUUCCUGCCUGUGUGCCCCCUCAUGAAGAAAGAUGUACCCAGUAACUCAGUCUCAGAGUGUGUGGCUUAAAGCCUUAGUGAGUGGUUAGUCUGCUCUGAUCGUCAUGUCCCAAGACCUCAGUUGUGGCCUGUGAUCUGCUGCUGAGCCAGUUCCCCCUUAAUCUGCACAAUUGACUGGAUCUAAUUGUAAAGCUUUACAUUUUUCUGAGGUGUAUUUCAUUGUGUUUGGUUUUAUGCCAUCAUAUUUUAAAAUACAUCUUGCUAUCCAAAUAUUCAAAAUUAGUGUUUUUUUAGGUGUGAUGACAUAUGGUUGUAUUAUUUUAAUUGAACUUUUCAUUGAGAUAAUUGUAGAUUCACAUGUGGUUUGUAAGAAAUAAUAGAGCCCUUGUACACUUUGCCCAAUUUUCCCCAAAAGUGGUAUUGAGAAUAGUAUAAUAUCAAAACCAGGAUAUUGACAUCAUUAAUAUAAUAUAUCCAUCUUAAAUUUCCCCAAUUUUACUUGUAUUCAUAUGUGUUUGUGUGUGUGUUCAUGUAUCUACUACAGUUAAGAUACUAAACAAAUCCAUCAGUACAACUAUCCCUCCUGUUGUCUUUUUAUAACCACAUACAUCUCCCUGCUGCUUCCCAACCCCACUCCCAUUGCUAAUCCCUGGCAACCACAUUCAAAAAAUGUUGUAUAACGUAAUCAUACGGUAUGUAGCCUUUUGGGAUUAAGUCAUAAUGGAGUUAGAUUUGAAACUUCUCUAUAGUAGGAGAUGAGGGUCACACAAGUGCUAAUUAACUUUUGUUACUCAGCAUAAUUUCUUGGAGAUUCAUGCAAGCCGCUCCAUUUUUAUUGCUGAGUAAUAGUAUUCCACAGCAUGGAUUUUGUUUAACCAUUCACCUGUUGAAGAACAUCCGAGCUGAUUCCAGUUUGGGUAUUAUAAAUAAAGCUGCUAUGAACAUUCGUGGGCAGAUUUUGUGUGAUAUAAGUUUUCAUUUCUUUGGGAUAAAAGCCCAAAAGUGCAAUUGCUGGAUUGUAUGGAAAAUGUGUGUUUAAUUUUACGAGAAACUGCCAAACUGUUUUCCAGAGUGGCUAUACCAUUUUAUACCCCCAUUAACAAUGUAUGGAGUAAUUCCAUUUCUUUGCAUCCUCGCCAACAUUUGGUGUUGUCACUCUUAUUUAAGGCAUUCUGUUAAGUGUAUAGUGACAUCUCAUUUUGGUUUUAAUUUUGCAUUUUCCUAAUAGCUAAAGAUAUUGAACAUGUUUUCAUGUGCUCAUUUGCCAUCUGUGUAUCCUCUUCACUGAAAUGUCUCUUUAUGUCUUGCGCAUUUUCUAAUUGGAUUCUACACUUUUUUACUGUUGAGCUUGGAGAGUACUUUUAUCUUAGAUGCAAAUCCUUUGUCAGAUAACGUGGUGUGCAAACAUUUUCUCCCAGUCUGUAGCUUACCUUCUCAUCCUCUUAAUAGGGUCUUUCAGAGAGCAAAAAUUUCUAAUUUUGAUGAAGUCCAGGUUAUCAAUAUUUCCUUUUAUGAAUCUUGCUUUUGAUGUUAACUCUAAGAACUCUGCCUAGCUCUGAAAAUUUUCACCCUAUAUUUCCUUCUUAAAGUUUUAUAUUUUUUAAUUCCACAUCAAGUCUAUGAUCCAUUUUGAGUUAAUGCUUGCAUACGGUGUGAGUUUAGGUUGAGGGUCAUUUUUGUUUGUUUUUGCCUACUAAUAUCCAAUUGCUCCAGUAUUAUUUGUUGAAAAACCUACCCUUCCUCCACUGAACUGACUUUAGCAUAAAAAUCAGCUGACCAUGUUCAUGUAGUAUAUUUCUGUGAUCUCUGUUAUGUUGCAUUGAUCUCUGUGUGUAUCACUUUGCCAAUACUACAGUCUUGAUUAUGUCAGUCUUGGAAUUUAGAAGACUGAUUCCAUCCACGUUAGUCUUCUUUUUCAAAAUUGUUUUAGCUAUUCUAGUUUAUUUAUCUUUUCAUAUGUAUUUCAGAAAAAGCUUAUCUAUAUCUACAAAAAACCUUGCUGGGAUCUUGAAAGGAAUUGCAUUAAACCUUUGUAUCAAUUUGGGGACAAUUUACAUCUUUGCUGUGUUGAGUCUUCCAAUCCAUGAACACAGUAUGCCUAUUUAUUUAGAUAUUUGAUUUCUUUCACCAGCACUGUGUAGUUGUCAAUACACAAGUUCUGUAUAUGUUUUGUUAGAUUUACACUUAAGUAUUUUAUUCUUUUCAGUAAUUGUUAAUGGUAUUGUAUUUUAGAUUUGUGUACAUGUGUUUAUUACUAGUUUAUAGAUAUACAAUUAAUUUUUUAUAUUUAUCCUGUGUCCUGUGAUCUUGCUGAACCCAUUUAAUCAUUUCCAGGAGUUUUUUGUAGAUUUCUUGGUGCCGUGGUUUGUAGACAUGUCAUCUGCAAAUAGGGACAGUUUUAUUUUUUCCUUCCCAAUCUAUGUGCCUUUUUACUUCUUUUUCUUGCCUUACUGCACUGACUAGAACUUCAAGUACUAUGUUGAAAUAAGAAUGGUAAGAGUGGACAUCCUUGCCUUAUUCCCAAUCUUAAAGGGAAAACAUUCAGUUUUUCACCAUCAAGUAUGAUGAUAGCUAUAGGAUUUUUGUAGAUGUGUUUUGUUUUCUCAAGUUGAGGUAAUUCUCCUCUAUUCUUAACUUUCUCAGAGGGUUUUUUUAAAUCAUAAAAUGAUUUAAAAAAAAAAAAAACCUGUUGCCGAGUCGAUUGUGUAAAAUGAUUUUUUUCCAUGUCAAUUGAUUUGAACAUAUGAUUUUUUUCUUUAACUCGCUUAUAUGGUGGGUUAUAUUAAUUGAUUUUCAAAAGUUGAACCAGCUUUGCAUACCUGGAAUAAAUCUCACUUGGUCAUUGUCUUAGUCAUCUAGUGCUGCUAUAACAGAAAUACUGCAAGUGGAUGGCUUUAACAAAGAGAUUAUUCUCUCACAGUCCAUUAGGCUAGAAGUCUGAAUCCAGGGGAAGGCUUUCUCUCUCUGUUGACUCUGGAGAAAGGUCCUUGUCAUCAGUCUUCCCUUAGUUUAGGAGCAUCUCAGCGCAGGAAUCUCAGGUCCAAAGGACGUGCUCUGCUCCUGGUGCUGCUUUCUUGGUGGUAUGAGGUCUCCACCUCUCUGCUUGCUUCAUUUUCCUUUUUAUCUCUUGAGAGGUAAAAGAUGGUGCAGGCCACACCCCAGGGAAACUCCCUUUACAUUGGAUCAGGAAGGUGACCUGGGUAAAAAAAAAAAAAAGGUAUUACAAUUCCACCCUAAUCCUCUAUAACAUAAAAUUACAAUCACAAAAUGGAGGACAACCACACAAUACUGGGAAUCAUGGCCCAGCCAAACUGAUACACACAUUUUUGGGGAGACAUAAUUCAGUCCAUGACAGUCAUGGUGUAUAAGUCCUUUUAUGCAUUGUUGGAUCCGGUUUGCUAAUAUUUUGAAGAUUUUUGUGUCUAAGUUAAUGAGAGAUAACGGUCUGUAGUUUUAUUUUAUAUUUUAUAAUGACGUGAUAAAAUAAGUUCAAAAGUGUUCCCCUCUCUUCCACUUCCUGGAAGAUAUUGUGAAUUGGUGUUAAUUCUUUUUUAAAUGUUUGGUAGAAUUCUCCGAAUUCUACAAGGUGAAACCAAAUUUUACCAAUGAAAACAUCUUGGCCUGAAGAUUUGUUUUUGGUAGCUUUUCAGUUUCUUUAAUGGUUAUAGGACUAUUCAGAUUAUCUAUUUCAUCAUGGGUGAAUUUUGGUAGUUUGUGGUUUUUGAAGAAUUGAUCCCUUCUUCUAAGUUAUUCAGCUUAUGAGUAUAAAGUUAUUCUUAGAUUUUCUUUAUAUCUUUUUAAUGGCUGAAGGAUUUAUGAUGAUAUUCCCUAUUUCCUUCCUGAUACUGAUUUGUUUCUUCUCUCUUUUUGUUUUUGUCAGUCUUGCUAGAGGCUUAUCAGUUUUAUUUUGAAGAACUAGUUCUUUGUUUCAUUAAUUUUCUAUAUUGUUUUCCUAUUUCACUGAUUUAUUCUUUCUGUUUGGUUUGGGUUUAUUUUGCUCUUCUUUUAUUAGGUUCUUGAGGUAUGAACUUAGAUUGCUGAUUUGAGACCUUUCCUCAUUUCUAAUGUUGAUAUUUAGUACCUUAAAUAUCCCUUUCAGCACUGCUUUAGAUAGUUUUUUGACAUGUUAUGUUUUCAUUUUCAUUCAGCUUGACGUAUUUUUUAAAAUUUUCUUUGAGGUACCCUCUUUGACCCAUGGGUUAUUUAGAUGUGUAGUGUUUAAUUUUUAUGUAUUUAGAGAUUUUCCUAUUGUCUUUGUUAUUGAUUUCUAGUUUUAUUCCAUUAUGGCCAAAGAACAUACUCUAUAUGAUUUCUAUUCUAAAUUUGUUGAGAUGUGUUUUAUGGCUAUGGUUCUAUUUUGAAAAGUCUAAUAAUAUGUCCCCCCAUGUGUCUGUCAGUUUCUCAUACUGUGGAGGCUUAUGUGUUGCUGUGAUGCUGGGAGCUACGCCACUGGUAUUCAGAUACCAGCAGGGUCACCCAAGGAGGACAGGUUUCAGCUGAGCUUCCAGACUAAGACUAGGAAGAAUGAUCUGGCGAUCUACUUCUGAAAAGAAUUAGCCAAUGAAAACCUUAUAAAAAGUAGUGUGACAUUGUCUGAUAUAGUGCCAGAAGAUGAGCUCCCCAGGUUAGAAGGCACUCAAAAGAUGACUGGGGAAGAACUGCCUCCUCAAGUAGAGUUGACCUUAAUGAUGUGGGUGGGGUUAAGCUUUCAAGACCUUCAUUUGCUGAUGUGGCAGGACUCAAAAUGAGAAGAAACAGCUGCAAACAUCCAUUAAUAAUCGGAACCUGGUAUGUACAAAGUAUGAAUCUAGGAAAACUGGAAAUAGUCAAAAAUGAAAUGGGACUCAUAAACAUCAAUAUCCUAGGCAUUACUGAGCUGAAAUGGACUGGUAUUGGCCAUUUUGAAUUGGACAAUCAUAUAGUCUGCUAUGCUAGGAAUGACAACUUGAAAAGGAACGAUAUUGCAUUCAUCGUCAAAAAGAACAUUUCAAGAUCUAUCCUGAAGUACAAAGCUGUCAGUGAUAGGACAAUAUCCAUAUGCCUACAAGUAAAACCAGUUAAUACAACUAUUAUUCAAAUUUAUGCACCAACCACUAAGGCCAAAGAUGAAGAAACUGAAGAUUUUUACCACCUUUUGUAGUCUGAAAUUGAUAGAACAUGCAAUCAGGAUGCAUUGAUAAUUACUGGUGAUUGGAAUGUGAAAGUUGGAAAAAAAGAAGAAGGACAAGUAGUUGGAAAAUACGGCCUUAGUGAUAAAAAUGAUGCCAGGGAUCACGAUUGACUUUUGCAAGACCAAUGACUUCUUCAUUGCAAAUACCUGUUUUCACCAACAUAAAUGGCAACUAUACACAUGGACCUCGCCAGAUGGAACACACAGGAAUCAAAUUGACUACAUCUAUGGAAAGAGACGAUGGAAAAACUCGAUAUCAUCAGUCAGAACAAUGCCAGGGUCCGACUGUGCAACAGACCGUCAAUUGCUCAUAUGCAAGUUCAAGUUGAAACUGAGGGAAAUCAGAGCAAGCCCACAAGAGCCAAAGUACAACUUUGAGUAUCUGUCACCUGAAUUUAGAGACCAUCUCAAGAAUAGAGUUGAUGCGUUGAACACUAAUGACUAAAGACCAGAUGAGUUGUGGAAUGACAUCAAGGACAUCAUACAUGAAGAAAGCAAGAGGUCAUUGAAAAGACAGGAAAGAAAGAAAAGGCCAGGAUGGAUGUCAGAGGAGACUCUGAAACUUGCUCUUGAACAUUGAGCAGCUAAAGCAAAGGGAAGAAAUGAUGAAGUAAAAGAACUGAAGAGAAGAUUUCAAAGGGCAGCUCGAGAAGACAAAGUAGGGUAUUAUUAUGACAUGUGCAAAGAGUUGGAGAUAGAAAACCCAAAGAGAAGAACGUGCUCAACAUCUCUCAACCUGAAAGAACUGAAGAAAAAAUGCAAGCCUUGAGUUGCAACAGUGAAGGUGGAAGGAAUACACAGAGUCAUUAUACCAUUUCAAGAGGAAGCAUAUGAUCAGGAACCGAUGGUACUGAAGGAAGAAGUCCAAGCUGCACUGAAGGCACCACUGAAAAACAAGGCUCCAGGAAUUGACGGAAUAUCAGUUGAGAUGUUUCAGCAAAUGGAUGCAGUGCUGAAAGUGCUCACUCAUCUAUGCCAAGAAAUUUGGAAGACAGCUACCUGGCCAACUGACUGGAAGAGAUCCAUGUUUAUGUCUGUUGCCAAGAAAGGUGAUCCAAAUAAAUGUGGAAAUUAUCGAACAAUACCAUUAAUAUCACAAGCAAGUAAAAUUUUGCUGAAGAUCAUUCAAAAGCGGCUGCAGCAGUAUACAGACAGGGAACUGCCAGAAAUUCAGGCCAGAUUCAGAAGAGGACGUGGAACCAGGGAUAGAUUUGAUGUCAGAUGGAUCCUGGUUGAAAGCAGAGAAUACCAGAAAGAUGUUUACCUGUGUUUUACCGACUAUGCAAAGGCAUUUGACUGUGUGGAUCAUAACAAAUUAUGCAUAACACUGUGAAGGAUGGGAACUCCAGAACACUUAAUUGUGCUCAUGAAGAACCUGUACAUAGACCAAGAGGCAGUUGUUCAAAGGAACAAGGGGAUACUGAGUGGUUUAAAGUCAGGAGAGGUGUGCAUCAGGGUUUUAUCCUUUCACCAUAUCUGUUCAUCUGUGUGCUGAGCAAACAAUCCGAAAUGUUGGACUCUAGAAGAAGAACAGGGAAUCAGGAUUGGAGGAAGACUCAUUAUCAACUUACUUUAUGCUUGCUUGCUGAAAGUGAAGAGGACUUGAAGCACUUAGUGAUGAAGAUCAAAGACCACAGCCUGUAUUAUGGAUUACACCUCAACAUAAAGAAAACAAAAAUUGUUACAACUGGGCCAAUAAGCCACAUGAUGAUAAAUGAAGAAAAGAUUGGAUUACACCUCAACAUAAAGAAAACAAAAAUCAUUACAACUGGGCCAAUAAGCCACAUCAUGAUAAAUGAAGAAAAGAUUGAAGUUGUCAAGGAUUUCAUUUUAUUUGGAUUCACAAUCAACACCCAUGGAAGCAGCAGUCAAGAAAUCAAAAGACUCAUUGCAUUGGGCAAAUCUGCUGCAAAGGACCUCUUGAAAGUGUUCAAAAGCAAAGACAUCACCUUGAAAUCUAAGGUACACCUGACCCAAGCCAUGAUAUUUUCAAUAGCAGCAUAUGCAUGUGAAACCUGGACAAUCAAUAAGGAAGAUUGAAGAAGAAUUGAUGCCUUUGAAUUGUGUUGGUGAAGAAUAUUGAAUAUACCACGGACUGCCAAAAGAACCAACAGAUCUGUCUUAGGAGAAGUACAACCACCGUGCUCCUUAGAAGCAAGGAUGGCAAGACUGUGUCUUACGUACUUUGGACAUGUUGUCAGAAGGGAUUAGUCCCUGGAGAAGGACAUUAUGCUUGGUAAAGUACAAGGUCAGCAGAAAAAAGUAAGACCCUCAGCGAGAUGGAUUGACACAGCGGCUACAAAAAUGGGCUCAAACAUAACAAUGAUUGUAAGAAUGGUGCAGGACUGGGCAGCAUUUCGUUCUGUGGUACAUAGGGUCACUAUGCAUUAGAACCGAUUUGAGGGCACCAACAACAUGACAGGGAUUUUCUUCAAAACAAUCCAGGGUCUCUACUCAUUAGGAGCAACAGAGAAAGAAGGAAAUAAAAGUCUCAGAAAAAAAAACCUAGUUUACACAGCUAUUAACCUAUGCCCACCACAGCCUCAUCUACCCUGAAACCAGAAGAAUUAGAUGGUGCCCUGGCUACCGCUACCUACCAUUCUGACCAGGGCCACAAUAGAUGGAUCCUGAUAGAAUGGGAGAAAAUUGUAGGACAAAACUCAAAUUCUUAAAAAGUCCAGACUGCCGACAUUUUGGUUAGCAGCUGAGCUCUUAACCAUUGUGCUACCAGGGUUCCUAUGGGCACAUAUACCUGUUGCCGUGGAGUCAAUUCUGACUCAUAGCCACCCCAUAGGGUUUCCAAGGAGUGGCUGGUGGAUCUGAACUGCUGAUCUUUUGGUUAAGAGCCAAGCUCUUAACCACUUUGCCGCCAGAGCACAUAAAGAUUCUUAUAUUAGCCUGUUUACUUUUGAAUAUGCUUGAAAUUUUUAUAAUUCAAAGUUAAAAAAAAAAAAAGAGGGACAUAUACUGCCCUGUCUACCUCCCCAGUCUCAGCCCAGCCCCCAUAGCAUGGAACUCCUUAAAGUACCAGACUGUGGGUAAUGGCCCUGAUCAGUUACCCAUUUGGGGUGGCUUGAGGAAAGGUAGGAUAGCACCAACGUCUCUCUUACAGGAUUUGUGCCUGUUGUUUUAUAUGUAUGGCUAUGAUGGUCCUCACCACAGCCCUGCAAGGGAGGAAUCAGAUAUCUGAAGUGGGAUGGGAAGGUGGCAGAGUGGGGGAGCAGAGAGUAUGCCACAGAGCUUGAAGAAAUUAGGGGCCAAGGAAGUUUCAGUAAAUAAAAAAUAACUCAUGGAAAGGAAGGAGGCAAAUUGUCCUGUGUUCCAGGCCCCACUCGGGAGACGUGAUGCCAAGUUCAAGGCUGGAGGAGAGCAGCUGGGGAAGCAAACCGAGUUUGGUACCCGGAGGAGUGAUAGUGGAGAGAAUCUUUGGUGUUUGCAGGUAGGAGGGAGCGGGAGAGGAAGGAACUAGCAAUUUGGCUUUAGCAGCUCCCUUAGCUGACUUGAAAGGGAAAGGGGUAGAGAGAUUGUAACCAGGUGUGGAAUGAGCUGGAAGAGAAAAAAACAGAGGAUUCAAGACUCUCAGCCGAGGCCUGUGGGAUCAGAAAAAGGGCCGGGCUCUUUGGUUGCUCUGCAUGCCUUGACUGGGCUUGGUGUCUGGUCAGAAGCCAGGGUCCCUCAUGCUUUAAUAGCUUCACACUUCCCAAACAGCUGCUUGAGAGAAAUGUUUGGCAUACUUUACUAGAGGAAGGAUGUCAGGGAGGCCCAUACCCCAUCCUCCCAUGCUACGCCACCCUUUCAGCUGGCCCUUUUCCUUUCCAUCCUUUGGGUAAUUGUGAGGUUAGGGGUGGGGAAGGCAGGAAGCCUCCCUUGUGGGUGCCCCAGGUGUUUCCUCAUAUGCAGGCUUACAGAUGCUGAAGGAAAAAUGGAGGUAGUCACCAAGGUCCUACAUUGAAGAAGAGGCAGGGGAGUCAGAAAAGGUAUCUCCAGCAGUCCCUCAUCCCCUCAAGGUUGCAGGGCCUGAUAAUGAGCAGCAGGUGCCAAUUUGGAAACAGACUUGGAGAUGAAAGGCCCUAGGCGAGGGCCCCAGCUCCACAACACAGGGUGCUGUCGAUGUUAUCGCUGUGACAGUAACAGCAAAGGGAGGCAGGUGUUGAGCAUUAGAAGAGGAACAUGUGAACAAGGAAAGAGAAGAACCAUGGAGAGGGGCCAGACUGCCCCCUGGGGCUGGUUGGGAGGAUGACCCCAGGGCUACCCAAAGUCCUCGGGAGAGUAGAUUUGGCUUCACAGGCCUCUUUCAUUCUGUGUUCAAACCGUAGACCUAUUAUGUGCAUGCUCUGGACACAAUGUGUGCACCUAUGAGGCAGAUGCCUGUGCUCCGGGUUGGCUCAGGGGCCUGCAGUCUUCCCAGGUGGAGUCUCUGAAAUGGCUUGGUGCCCUUUUUGACUGUGCUCCCUCCACAGCAGACCUGAGCCUGCACCUCCCAGCUGGAAGCUGAUGCCCCAUUCAGCCUUGUUGGGAGACAUGAAGGAAAUGUGUUUUAGUACCUGAGGAUGGCAGUAGAAGGAGAGAGAGAUGAUGAGAAGCUGGCAGGAGCCUGCGUGGGGUGGGAGGCUCAGGUUUAUGCAACUUGCUUAAAGUCACAUAGUAAGUGGCAGAGUCAAGGCCUGGGUGCAGGUCAUCUAACAUAAGAGUCAUAAACAAUGUGCCUCAGUUUCCUCAUUAGUGCAACAGAGAGAAUAAUAGCCCUUACCUCCCAGCAUGGUUAAAAGGAUGAAAUGAGGUAAUUGUGUAACGAUUUAGCCCAUCGUCUAGAUAGAACAUGGUAAGUGCUCGAUAAAUAUUAGCAGCUAUUGUUUUUUUUUUCUUAAAUUAUUAAUGUUAAUACGCCAUUGCUUUAUCACACCAAAGUCAGAAUUACAAUGAGGAUGGUAACAAAAUUUAGCUUAGCACAUGUGUGUUGGAACUAGGGCUAUUGCUGGUUCAUAAACAUGUGAAGCCUUUCAUUAGACACUAAUCUGAAGUUGUGACAUUCCCUCAAUCUGAGCUCAUCUGUCAGCCUGUCUGCCUCUCCAUCACAGAUGGAGUGGCUGUUCUUCCUGCCCCUCAGGACCUCUCUGUACACUCAACCAACAUGAAGCAUCUCUUGACAUGGAGCCCUGUGAUUGUGCCUGAAGAAACAAUACACUAUUCUGUUGAGUACCAGGGGGAGUACGAGAGCUUGUACCUGAGCCACCUUUGGAUCCCCAGCCACUGGUGCUCACCCACCAAAAGUACUGAGUGUGACAUCACUGAUGACAUCACUGCCACUGUGUGGUACAACCUCCGAGUCAGAGCCACACUGGGCUCACAGACCUCAGCCUGGAGCACCCUGGAGCACCCCUUUAAUCGAAACUCAACCAUCCUUACCCCACCCAAGAUAGAGGUCACCAAAGAUGGCUUUCACAUGGUUAUUUUGCUGGAAGACUUGGGGCCUCAGUUUGAGUUCUAUGUGGCCUACUGGAAGAGUGAGCCUGGUACCAAGGAACAUGUUAAAGUGGUGAAGAGUGGGGGCAUUCCAGUGCACCUGGAAACCAUGGAGCCAGCGGCCAGGUACUGCGUGAAGGCCCAGACAUUUGUGAAGACUAUAGAGAGGCACAGUGCCUUCAGCCAGGCAGAAUGUAUCGAGGUGCAAGGUAAGGACAGGAGAGGCCCUCCCCCUGGCACUGGCCCUGUUUGGAUUUGUUGGCUUCAUGCUGCUCCUUGUGGUUGUGCCGCUUUCCAUCUGGAAAAUGGGCCAGGUGCUCCGGUACUCCUGCUGCCCCUCAGUGGUCCUCCCCGACACCUUGAAAAUCACCAAUUCACCCCAGAAGUUAAUCAGCUGCAGAAGGGAAGAGGUAGAACCCUGUGCCAUGUCUGUGCUGUCUUCUGAGGAGUUCCUCAGGGCUUGGAUCUAAUAGGCUUGGGGAAGGCCCAGUUGAAGCUGAGAACCUGGUCUGCACAACACAGGACCCAUGAGGAGAAAGGCUACAUUUCUAUUUUCCUUCAUGGACAAGAGGCAACAGAAGAAAGAAGAGCCAGCCCUGUCCAUCUCUAGAUCCAACUAUCUGAGGCAGAGUGGUUUGAUGGACAGAGCACUGAUUGAGGGUGAGGAGAUGUGCCCGCUAGACCUGGGUCUGCCAUUCACUAGCUGAGUAACCCUGGGGAAAGUGACCUAAUCUUUCUGGUCCUCAGUUUUCUUAUCUGUAAAAUGGGGGAUGAAUUACAUAUCUGUUAAAUAAAUAAAUAAUACAUUUAUAUAUUUAAAAUAAAUAUAAAUAAAACAUAUAUAAAUCUAGCACAUGUAGGAUUGUAGGGAAACUGUUAGGAUUAGUUCAACUUUUCUGGGAUAUAAAUAUUUAACAAGAACUACCUGGUUAAGAGCUUGGCUGCUAACCAAAAAGGUCGGCAGUUGGAGUCCACCAGUUGCUCCUUGGAAAACCUAUGGGGCAGUUCUACUCUGUCUUAUAGGGUUGCUGUGAGACAGGAUCCACUCGAUGGCAAUGUGUUGGUUUUUAUCAAAGUCUACACACCAGUUGGCUUGGAUAUCCCACUGUCCCAAGGAAACAUUGAAGAGGAAAGGAAGGAUGGUGUUGAUGUUGAUUUCACUUCAAGUCAAGUGCCUGUGCAGAGGUUACUGGUUCAACAAACUGUAUAGUACAUGACCUGGAGGGGGCCCACACUCCACUGAAAAUAAGACAUGCCCGAAUACUAUGGGUACAAGAAAUAUUAUAAAGUGUAAAUAGUGUGUACACACUGAGGGCAGCAGGUAAAAUGUCUGUGUGUCAUGAGAUGAGAAUAUGAAAUGAUGCCAAUUAUAAGUGUGAUGCUUUCUGUGUUCCUUUCCCAUGUAGAAUUGUUAACAUGCAGAAUAAAAAAUGGAAUGAGGUCACCCUUGGUAAUCUUUUUGUUUCCUGCCAGAAAGUGGUCUUUAGGGUUUGUGUUAUACGUUAACCAGAGAGGCCCCUGGAGGACAUCUGUGGUCAGGAGGAGUUGGAAUGACCCCAAGCAGGGGAGGAGUGGUAACAGUCCUCUCCUUGGAGUCCUUGGGACUCCACAGCUGGGGGCUGCCUGCGUUUGGAGGGUAGCCUCUGUCUGUAUGAGAACCCCUGACUGAGGCAGUGACCAAAUCCUCACCUGGUCAGGGUGCUGCUGAAUCUCUCCUGGGAGCCUCACUCCAUAGGAAAUGCCUUUGGGACACUUUUUCCCUUAAGACAGCUCACUCAGGGUGUCCAUUUUAUCUUCCAGCCUGUAAACUCAGAACCCACCUCUAAAAGCCUCUAUUCACCCACCUCUCCCAUCAGGUGAGGAAAACAGCCAGGUUAGGGAAGGUGCAGAGGGAGGAAGUUUCUUGAGGAGUAAAGGGAUUGGUGGGCAUGACCUCUGCCUCCCUUCUUAGCCCCACCUCCUCCCAGCUCUGAAGCCUUUGAGCUGGUCUGUCUCUUUGGGGCCCUUUCCAGCCAACCCAGCAGUGGGGAUAAUCUAACUGCUUGCAAUGCCAUCUCCACUUGGUGGGGCUUCAAGCAGACAGAGGAUGGGGCUCUCUCCAGUGGGCACAUUGCUGAAGAUCUUUUACUUUGCACCAUUUUGUAUGCUUCUGUGUUGUUUAACUUUUUUAUGAAGACUGUAUUUUUUUUCUAAACUGUAUAUAUAUUUUCGGUUUGCAAAAACAAAAACCAUAUGCCCUCCAUUACUCUCCCUCUUCCUUCUUCCCUACCUCUCCACCCUGGAAACACUGCUCAGGCAUAGAACCCAGAAAUGACCCCUGGCUCUCCUCCCAUUGGGUCUCUAUUACACUUGGUCCCAGUGCCCAUCCAUUCUGGCUGGCAUAUAGCACAUAAAAAUUUCUCUCAAUUAUUCAACUGUCUGUUCAUGUACCCAACAUGCAUUUCUGGAGCCCAAAUAUUAGAGGUGCUACCUCCUCAGUAGCUGCUUAUCAGCUCUCUCCUAGAGCAAUUAUAUCCUGACUUUCCAGACCUCCUCUCUUCCCCUCCAAUCAAUUUAACCGUAUCACCCAGUCCUUUAAACUGGGACACUUUUAAAAGUGAAAGGGGCAUUAUUAAUAAUUAUGACAGGAUGAUAGCUCUAAACUGGGACUGUUCUGGGGAAACCAGGAGUGUGGUCACCCUAGUCACAAAAUACAGCUCCCUGCGUCCCUCUGCAUUUUGAAACCUCCCAGAUGAUAAGUUACAAAGCCCAGGGGACCAGAUCCAGCACUAAUGGUUUGCUUUUUUUCACAGCCUGUAAUUGAGUCCCACAGGACUCAAUCCAAUGAGCCCUAGAUCCAAUGACAAGUGUCCUUAUAAGAGAGAGGCAGAAGGAAAGUAAUGGAGAGGAUGGGUGCCUGGGAGCACAUAGAAACCUUUUUGCUCAUCAUUGGAGAUGCCCAUCUCUUGUAGCCUUUGCUAUUGCUUGACCUGGAAGAGGUCCCCUGGCCCCCAAAUCAAGCCCAGCUUUCUUAGCCUUGUCUUCAGAAAACAACUGCCAAAAUUUAAUGAACAAAUAUUCCUGCCUUCAUGAGGCUUACAUUUUUUUCAUGAGGCUUACAUUCCAACAGGGAAGAGGGUGGGGAGAUGAUAAUAAUAAUUAGUAACAAUUUUUCUACUAUUAUUAAGUGAAUUUUGUAGCAUAUUGGGAGUUCAUAAGUGCUAUUAAAAAUGAAAAGGUAGAGCAGAGAAAGUGGGAUGGGGACAGGUCACAGCCUUUUGAAAAUGAAAGUGAAUGGAAACAAGUGAACUGAAACUGUCAUGAGUUCUCACAUAGCCACACAGUAUGAGAGACUAUGAGUGACUCUAGAACAAAGAAUUUGGCUACAUAUUCGUAGAAGUAUGCAGUCUAAUAUAAAAACUUUAUUCAGCAUUUAUACUCCUUGUAUUGGCAGUGUAUACCUUUUUGGAAGUAUUCUCUUAUACGGUCAGAUAAAGCAAAGAAAUAAUUAUGUUUAUUUUGAUAGUGUCUUAGUCAUCUUUUGCUGCUAUAAUAGAAAUACCACAAAUGGAUGUCUUUAACAAAGAGAAAUUUAUUCUUAUAGUCUAGUAGGCUACCAGUCCAAAUUCAGGGCGUCAAGGCCAGGAAAAAUCUUUCUCUAUUGGCUUUGCAGGAAGGUCUGGGUCAUCAGUCUUCCCUUGGCUUUGGAGCUUCUCUGCGCAGGAACCUCAGGUCCGAAGGACAUACUCUGCUCCCAGCACUAUUUUCUUUGUGGUACGAGAUUCCCAUAUCUCUCUGCUUGCUUCUCUCUUUUAUAUCUGAAAAGAGAUUGGCUUAAGACACUAAUUGUCUUAGUCAUCUAGUGCUGCUAUAACAGAAAUACCACAAGUGAAUGGCUUUAACAAAGAGAAAUUUAUUUCUUCACAGUAAAGUAGGCUAAAAGUCCAA